UAAUUCGAGCAGUCAUGAUGCUUAGACGAAUCUUGGUCAGCCUAGCACCAAUCCUUUUGGCUUUCGUUUUCUUGGUCUUUGCCCAAGAGGAGGAAGCCGCCCCAGAACCCGAAGGUGAGGCAGAUCCGGCAGCUGGGGGUGAUGGAGGGGGAGGCGAAGGCGAAGGCGGAGGUGGAGGCGGAGGUGGAGGCGGAGGCGGAAAUGAGAGCGAUUCUAAUGGAGACGAAAUGUGGCUGAAAUGGAAUGACACGGGAAUGUCUGAAAAUGAUACCUCAUGGUUAGUAAAAUAUUGUCCCAGAGACUUAACCCCUGCUUUUGAGAAGUUUUGUCAGAUGCACUGCUGGUGGAAUGGCUGGCAGGGUGGUUUUUGUACUGACGAUGAUAUCUGCAUAUGUCAAUGGGAAGGUCUUAUGUUGGAUCCGGAAAUUACUGGAGUUAAAUCAGUAUCUAUACCACCAGGGGCAGGAGGCGCUGCUGAUGGAAAUAACACAGAAGCCGAACCUGGAAGUGGAGGUGAAGGAGAUCCUACUGAACCAACUGAAACUGAAGCUGAAGAUCCAGGAACGGAUGAGUGAUCACUAAGCCGUUAAUGUGUGCCAUUUGGGCCAGUGAUGUUUGUAUUCGAUAUUUUGACUUGGCAUUGGACUGGUAUUGAUAACAAAUCUACCCAUAUUUCUUCUAAAAUAUAAUCAAAAACUAAGUUCCACUAUAUUAUUCAUAUCAUUUUUUUAUUGAAUUGCCAAAUUUCGUUUGUUUAAUGUUUCAAUAUUGUAUGAAUGUUUUAUCAAUAUAUUCGUGAUUUUCGCAAAGCAAUUGAUCACUUUCUUUUUGUAUUAAUGAAAUGACAGUAUUAUCGAAAAAUGAAAAGGGGUAAACCAAAUAAUAAUCGUAUUUUGAA